AUGGAAACAUUCAAACCGCUUGUUCGAGAAAUAUUCGAAUCCAAAUCACAUUAUGCAAGCUUCCCAGGCAAAUUCUUAGGGCUUCUGAGGCGUUUAUGGGCCGAUGCUCUUUAUGACUCGACAAAUCUCAAUAGCGCACUUCAGAAAACUUUCGGCAGUAGCAAAUAUUUGUUUGACAUUCCGUGUUCGCCACCUGGGGUCCGAGUGGCUUUGACCACAAGCCAAGUAGAAAGUGAUGGCACCGUUUCAUUGUUCUCAAACUAUAGGCGCUUUCGCAACCCAGGCGAGGAAGCCUCGUAUACAUCUAUUAUGCCAGAGAAUGUUGAUGAAGAGCCUUUGCUCUGGCAAGCCUAUUUUAAAGCCCAGUAUUUACCUAAUAUAGGGACACUCCAAGAUGCAGGUAUUCUAGCUAACUGUCCACUCAAAUUCGCAAUCCGAGAAGCCAUGAAUAUUUGGCCAGAUGCUGGAAGGCCAGACCUUGUAAUCAGCAUUGGCACGGGAUACACACGUCCAAAAAUUUCCAAGGAUUGGAACCUUCCAUCCAAACGAACCUUUCAAAAUGGGUUUAUUGGUCGUGGCUUGCGCGCAUUCCUCUUUUCGUCAGCCGCUGAUGGAAAAAAAGGAUUUGAAGAUGCUUUGGAUGAUCUCCCGAAAGACAUAAAGGAAGAUAUAUUCCGACUUGACAAAGAUUUAGGAGAAGAGUUGCCCGAAUUAGACAACGUUGAGAACAUCGAUCAGCUCUCUCAAAUGGCAUGCGAGAUCCCCGGUGACCUUGCUCGUGCGCUCUUGACAACGUCGUUCUUCUUUGAACUCGAUGAAGAGCCUAGUCUCAUGGAUGGACAGUACCGUUGCAAUGGAUCUGUUCUCUGUAGUAGAAGUUUUCCAGAAGGAAUUCUCGCCCUUGUUGAGAAGGAGUUACCAUCGGCACGAUUUACGAUGCAUAAUGGAGCUAGUCUGGGUCUAGUUCAGGAACAUGACGGCUGCAAAAUCUGCGGAUAUUACCGCAAACAUAUCUCCUUUUACGUCUCUAGUGUCUAUAAAGAUUUUCGACUUGAAAUCACCAGCAAAACCGGUAGUAGAAAAAUCGGUGGCUUCCCAACAUCCCUGACUGUCCUCCUUAAAAAGCAACAAGUUCACGCAGUUUUCGGUCGGUCGGACCAUAAAACAGAUCAAUGGCCGCCUUCUCGAAAAUGUUACUGCUCUAUUAAUAACAAACGACCGAGGGAAGACCCACCCUGUGGUACGGAUGUUCCAAAAAGAAAAAGG